GGCCAUCGAGGUAAUCGCCAGAGAACAGCUGCGGGGAGAAAAACUAGAGAACACGAAAUAAUUCUUUUUCAGUUGAAACGAAAUGGCGCAUAUCAUCAGCAUCGUUGCUGUUUGGCUUGUUACUUUAUCGACUAUUGAAUGCAUAAGUUGGACCUACCCGGAUCCCAAAGAUCCUCGGUUUAAGGUGAAAUGCAUCGAAGAUCUGGAGUGCUUCUCGACUGGCCCUCCCUGGUAUGAUUAUCCAAUGCGUGUUGCCACCAACGUACCCGAGGACUGCGAGAACAUCACUUACAACCUCUUCACACCCCAUAAUCCCGAGAAGCCUUACGUGCUGCAAGAAACCAAGAAAUCCAUUCUGGGAUCUCCCUUCAAUGCCAGUUGGCCAACUCAACUCUACAUCCACGCAUACUGGGCAGAUCAGGGCUCCAUCGACAGAGAACUGAAUAAGAAAGAUGCCGCCCUGAGUAAUUAUCAUUACAAUGUAAUUGUGCCAGAUUUCAGGGAUCACGUUCAGAUACCUUAUUUCAGGUCUGUCGCCAACAUUAGAGUCAUCGCUGCCAGAAUCGCUAAGUUUUUGAAAUAUUUGAUGGCGGUGACAGGCAUUAAACCUGAAAGCAUCCAUUUGAUCGGUUUCAGCCUAGGUUGUCACACCUGUGGAUAUAUUGGAAAAAGAAUUCCCAACCUUGGAAGAAUAACCGGUCUUUCACCAGCUGGGAGAAAUUUUGUGGGGACAGCGGAAGAAACACGCCUCGUACCCACAGAUGCAUUAUUUGUCGAUGUCAUCAUUACGAGUGGUGAUGGGGAUUACGGACUACAAC